AAGCCCGGGCUGGGCGGUGGGGCCCGGUUUCUGCGCGGUGCGGCGCCGGGUCCUCCGGGCAGAAGAGGCGAAGAGACGAGGGCACUGAGAGGAAGCUGAGGGCCACACCAUUGCCUGGCCCGGGGGUAGCGCGACGUAGGGUGCUGUCGCGAGUGGGACCCGGGGCGAGAGCGCGUGCUAGGCUGCUGGGGGCCGCGUUGCGGAGGAGGCGCGACGGGGGCGGGCCCGGCUGCUGGCACCCGUGGGAGCGUGGGUGCGCCGUGGCGCCUGCCCGGCACCCUGACGCUUGUAACCCGGAGGGUCAGAGGCCCGGGUUAGGCUUGCGAUGGCUUUGGGUGAUGUUGAGGAAGGGCUGGCCAGGCCGAGACGACGGCGAGUUCAUUUGAAGAACAGAGGCACAUUAUAAAGUCCAGCGAUUCCAGCUGCAUUCCAUGAGGAAAAUGGAUAUAGCAAGUCCCCCAACUUCCAAAUGCAUCACAUACUGGAAGAGGAAAGUGAAGUCUGAGUAUAUGCGUCUCCGGCAGCUCAAACGGCUUCAGGCAAAUAUGGGAGCCAAGGCUCUGUACGUGGCAAACUUCGCAAAGGUUCAGGAAAAAACCCAGAUCCUCAAUGAAGAAUGGAAGAGACUCCGAGUGCAGCCCGUACAGCCGAUGAAGCCUGUGAGUGGACAUCCUUUUCUCAAAAAGUGUACCAUAGAGAGCACUUUCCCAGGGUUCGCCAGCCAGGACAUGUUGAUGAGGUCUCUGAACACGGUUGCGCUGGUUCCCAUCAUGUAUUCCUGGUCCCCUCUCCAGCAGAACUUCAUGGUGGAAGAUGAGACUGUUUUGUGCAAUAUUCCCUACAUGGGUGACGAGGUGAAGGAAGAAGACGAGACUUUCAUUGAGGAGCUGAUCAAUAACUAUGAUGGCAAAGUGCAUGGUGAAGAAGAGAUGAUCCCUGGGUCUGUUCUGAUCAGCGAUGCCGUGUUCCUGGAGCUGGUCGAUGCCCUCAAUCAGCACUCAGAUGAGGAAGAGGAAGGGCACAAUGACGCCUCGGACGGGAAGCAGGACGGCAGCAAAGAGGAUCUGCCAGUGACAAGAAAGCGGAAGCGCCACGCCAUGGAAGGCAACAAAAAGAGCUCCAAGAAACAGUUCCCAAAUGACAUGAUCUUCAGUGCCAUUGCUUCGAUGUUCCCUGAGAACGGCGUCCCCGAUGACAUGAAGGAGAGGUAUCGGGAGCUGACGGAGAUGUCAGACCCCAAUGCCCUUCCCCCGCAGUGCACACCCAACAUCGAUGGUCCCAACGCCAAGUCCGUGCAGCGGGAACAGUCUCUGCACUCCUUCCACACCCUUUUCUGCCGGCGCUGCUUCAAAUACGACUGCUUCCUCCACCCUUUCCACGCCACCCCUAAUGUAUAUAAACGCAAGAACAAAGAAAUCAAGAUUGAACCAGAACCAUGUGGCACAGACUGCUUCCUUUUGCUGGAAGGAGCAAAGGAGUAUGCCAUGCUCCACAACCCUCGGUCCAAGUGCUCUGGGCGCCGCCGGCGACGGCACCAUGUGGUCAGUGCAUCCUGCUCGAAUACACCAGGCUCUGCCAUGGCUGAGACUAAAGAAGGAGACAGUGAUAGGGAUACGGGCAAUGACUGGGCCUCCAGUUCUUCAGAGGCUAACUCCCGCUGUCAGACCCCCACGAAGCAGAAAGCCAGUCCAGCCCCACCUCAGCUCUGUGUUGUGGAAGCCCCCUCAGAGCCGGUGGAGUGGACUGGAGCUGAAGAAUCUCUUUUCCGAGUCUUCCAUGGCACCUACUUCAACAACUUCUGCUCAAUAGCCAGGCUUCUGGGGACAAAGACAUGCAAGCAGGUCUUCCAGUUUGCAGUCAAGGAAUCGCUUAUCCUGAAGCUGCCGACGGAUGAGCUCAUGAACCCUUCCCAGAAGAAGAAAAGAAAACACAGGUUGUGGGCCGCACACUGCAGAAAAAUUCAGCUGAAGAAAGAUAACUCUUCUACACAGGUGUAUAACUACCAACCCUGUGACCACCCGGACCGUCCCUGUGACAGCACCUGCCCCUGCAUCAUGACCCAGAAUUUCUGUGAGAAGUUCUGCCAGUGCAGCCCAGACUGCCAGAACCGUUUUCCUGGUUGUCGCUGUAAGACUCAGUGCAAUACCAAGCAGUGUCCUUGCUAUCUGGCAGUACGGGAGUGUGACCCUGACUUGUGCCUCACCUGUGGGGCCUCAGAGCACUGGGACAGCAAGGUGGUGUCUUGCAAAAACUGCAGCAUCCAGCGUGGCCUCAAAAAGCACCUGCUGCUGGCCCCUUCCGAUGUGGCCGGAUGGGGCACCUUCAUCAAGGAGUCUGUGCAGAAGAAUGAGUUCAUUUCUGAAUAUUGUGGUGAGCUCAUCUCUCAGGAUGAGGCUGAUCGGCGAGGGAAGGUCUAUGAUAAAUAUAUGUCCAGCUUCCUCUUCAACCUCAACAAUGAUUUUGUAGUGGAUGCUACCCGGAAAGGAAACAAAAUUCGCUUUGCAAACCAUUCAGUGAACCCCAACUGUUAUGCCAAAGUGGUCAUGGUGAAUGGAGAUCACCGCAUUGGGAUCUUUGCCAAGAGAGCAAUUCAGGCUGGCGAAGAACUCUUCUUUGAUUAUCGGUACAGCCAAGCCGAUGCCCUCAAGUAUGUGGGCAUCGAGAGGGAGACCGACAUCUUCUAGCCCUCUGGGCCCUGGGACAGUGCUGCAGUGGCAGCCCUGUCUUGGCUUCAGGCACACACCGCUGCUGCUCCAGCUCCUGCAAUGUCUUCCAUGCUGAGAACCCCCACCCACUCCUGUGUGACAAGGUCUCCACUGUAUCCCAAGGAGACACACACUGCCUCAGUGAGAAGGGAAACAGGCGGUGGAGACCUGGUCUCCCAGGAGAAUUCAGAUGUGACAAGUUGCACCUCCAGAUCAGAGGGGAUGGCCUUGGGCUGGGGUGGCUAUCGAUGCUGGAUUUCUCCUCAGCUCCCGAACUGUGGGCCUCAGGAAUCAACCCGCACUGCCCUUUCAGCUUUCCAAUCAAGUCCUCGCAUCACUGCGGCCAGGCAUUGCUAAGUGAAACCAGGUCCCCGAGCCCACAGGUGCUCAGGGUUAGAGGUGAGCCUGACAGGCAUUACAGACGACUCAGAGGGAAGUGUGUCUGGGACAUCAAAGCGGAAAUGCAAGGUUGCAGGAGGGAAAGCUAAGUGGUACCCUCCUGUGGACAGAGGGGGAGCCAGCCAGAGCCUGGGGUGCCUUGGAAAGGCCUGUCCUAUAGACUAUGGGGGUAGCAGGGCGUUUUCAGACUCGGAGCAGCAGGCACCAGUGACCCAGCUCCUUCCGAAGUCCUGGCUCAGUGGCAGCAGGUCUAGGCUGCUGAGCAUGGGCUGUGCCUGGCUGGGAGUGAGUACUCGGGGUCACUAAGCUGCAGUUGUCUCAGGCCUUCCAUUCCUCAGAGGUAGGUCCACGGAGCAGCUUUGCUUCUUUAUUCAGGGUAGCUGGGUCUAGCCUAGACUAGAGAGGGGGAAGUUGCUGUGUGGUUACCCCGUCUGCUCUGUCCUACCUGCUGUUGGUAGUAUUCCAGGUGAGGGUACCAUUGCACGUUUAGCAGGGUGUCUCAGUGCAGGGCGGACUGGCAGGCAGACCACCAUUCUCUCUGGGAUUCAUGCAGAACAAAGCACUUUAACUUUCUUUUAGAAGGUCUAUAGAUUGGAAUGGAGUUUGAGCCAAGGUCUCUGGGGUUCCUGCCCAAAUCCCACUUCUGACGGAGGAACAGGAGAAUGGAGGACUCUCCAGUUCUGUCUCAUCUCUUGAGAGGCAGGAGGAGCUGGCUUGAUACAAGAGCAAAAGCUGUAGUCCGCACAGCUGCCUUGGGUCUGGUGUGCUGAGAGCAGGGGCAUUGUGGGUAGAAAGGACCCGGGCAGGUACAGACGGGCCUAAGGAGUGUUGGAAGAGGAGCAGCCGGUUCACUCCUGGAGAACCAGGGCUUCUCCGUGGUUCUGCUGGCCACUCCCCUCUCCCCACCAGGCAACCCUUGUCCCCCAAGGAAGCCUGGCUCCCCUCGGCCGUACUGCCUCUUAGGGAUUUGCAUGGGACAGGCAUGCUUGUACACGUAUCCCUCACCAUACUGGUAGGCACGUGUAUCUCACACCCAGCAGCUCCUGACAAUAGCUUCUCCCCAGCCCUCAACCGGGCUAGCCCCCACACUUCCGAAAUUGACAUCUGCCAGUGGUUUGUGUCUAUUGUGUGAAUCAGGGAUACCCUCAAGCCUAGCUAACUGUAGGCUCUGAAUUGCUCAUGAAUUCUCUGGGAAGACCAGACAGGUGGACAGGGCCUGGCCAUGAGGAAUGCUUUAAGACAUGCUGGUUCUAGACUGACUUUGGCCUUCCCUCAACAAGCAUCACUGGCAGUCCCUCUGCAGAGUUCAGGCCACCAACACUCCCUCCCCCCCCCAGCUGCCAGUUCUCGGUCCCUGCUGUCCUCUAUUUUUAAUGACGGGUCCCAACUUUCCUCCCCACUCUACCCACCUCACGUAAGCUGACAGACACAGAGAGGUGGUGUGGACUGGGGAUAUGGUGUACACGUGGCUUUGUUGCCAGUGAAUUUCUUGCACUUUAGAGUCUUGUGGCUUGUGACCUCUUAUCUAAUAAAGUGUUAGAAUCCA